AUGUGAUGAUGUUCAGAGAUCGAUCGAACUAUUAGACAGGGUCUUAUCGGAGUUUGAUGAUGUGGAAAAUGCAAAUCAGGUUCAAAACAUUCCAAUGUCUGGCUCCGCGUCGACGCCGCAUUUGCAGCAGCAAGCGUCAACUCCAAUAAACGCACUUUCGACACCCGAAGAUGAGAGUCCUUCCCUCGGCCACCAAUCCGAAGACGAUGGCUACAUGAGCAUGAAUGGCCGCAAGGCGAAAUUUAAUUUAGCGUUUAAACCAUUGACAGAGGUUCCCGUCCAUCAGGAAGUUAUUCCAGGAGACCCCAACGAUUUCCCUCCACCCCCUGAAGAAGCCCAGAGGCUAAUAGCUACUCUCUUACCGAAGGUAUCGCCCGCGCAUUCUUCUAAAAGGAAUGGUAACAAACCUAGAACAUCACCGAUUACUCAACCCCGCAUAGAGACUAUCCCUCCUCCACAGAGAUUUCAAAACCAUGAGUUCACACCUGUUGUUAACGGACUUCCAGAGAAACAUUCAGCGACGCAAACGACUCUGCCUAAAACUCGUCAUCAACGUCCGUUUGGCUGGGAAAACGAUUUCAUAGUGCAUCCACUUCCACCACCUGGGUAUCGCUUCGGGAGCCUACCGUUUCAACAUGGAGUGUACCCUCUAACUUCGCCUACAAGAGUUCCACCGAGAACAGUACCCUCCGCAGCGGAGAAACAUCGAGAAGUGAGGAGAAGAGGUAGCGAAGACACCCUUUCGUGUGACCUUGACGAUCAACAACCUCUGAGGACGUUGCGCGAAUUGGGUGACGAUGAACACUUUUCCGAUGAUUCUUUGGAGGAGAUGCUUCCACCUCCUCCGCCGGUUAACAAAAGGGCAAGCAUUGCGUGGGAAGUUCCUAUAGACAACGAGGAUGGUUUUAUGACUCCAGGUAGCACUAAAGUUAUAGGAAGGAGAAGACACAAAUCGGGAUCUCAGUCGAGUACAAGUUCAAUUCCUAAUAGGUUAAAAGAAUUCGAUGAUUGGCCAGAUCCACCGCCGUGCACCACUGAAGACGAGAUUACUUCGCCAUUCUCCGAUUCCGAUGACGUGAUCCUUCCGCAAGAACUGAGCGGCUCUAAUUUAUCCGGAACGGGAACGUAUAUAGUGAGACGUGGGAAGAAGGAGAGGAAAAUUCUGCAGCACUUAAGCAGCUCUAUGAAUUCAUCCUCAUCGUUAAAUUCUCGCCUGAGUUCAGAUCUAAGCAUACCUCAUUCUCGAUUUAGUGCGGACUUGAAUUCGCGUCUCAGCAGAGAACUAAGCACACCAAAUUCAAGGUACAGCAUCGACCUUAGCACGCCACAUUCGAGGCUAAGUCAGGAACUUAAUUCUCCCAAGUCUAGAUUCAGUUUAGAUUUGAACAAUUCGAGACAAUUAAGUCAGGAGAUGAUAAGUUCUCCAUCGAGAAUGAGCGCAGAUUUGUCUAGUUCACGUUCUAGUACUCCGCAAAGUAAACAAGAAUUUAAGAAACACAGCACCACAUUCGAUAAUAUCAAAUCUUUGAUUAAGGAAGGCGUUAUCGAGCACUACAAUGGACCGCAAAUCGAAUCCACGAAGGAGCUGAACGCUAUGGUCAAUCCCAUUGUUAGAGUCGUGUCGUUGCCCAGUUUGAAUGCAGAAGAAUUGACCCCGCGCAGGGAACUAGCUGUUACAGUUGAAGAGGAAGAAGACGGAGAUUCCAGUCCAUCGUCCUCGUCGAAUACUGACAAUAUAUCGCCGCUGAGGAAAAUUGAACAAAAUAUAAGCGAAUUGCUCGAAAGACGGGAUAUCGAAGUCUCAAGCAUGAUACAGGACGAUAAAUGCGUGCUAACUGUAAACGGUGUGGACAAAACAUUGAGCAACGAAAAGAAGAAAAGACCGGCUCCGUCCAAAUCUCAGAAGCAAGAAAACGAGUUACAAAAAUCCAACAGCCAUAACGAAAUUCAAAGAUCCGAAGAUUACUAUCGCCAACUGUUGAUCGAAGGCGGCAACAUGAAUCAAUACAAGAGACCAGGAAUUCAAAAAUCGGAGAGUGCAAAAGAGAUGUUAAUAUCUCAUAAGGAGAAGGAGAUUAGAAACAUCCCCAUUUCUAAUAGUGCAGAUUUCCCUGUACGCGUCGAAGUGCUCGAUUUCCCACCGUUACCACCAUCCCCUGUAGAAGAGGACGACGAUGAAUAUUCUGAAAUACUGCAAAACGCCAGUUCGAAGCCUCGUGCAGACACUUUACCGAUUACUUCAGAGUGUGCACCAGCAGUUCCUCCGCAUCGUGAGCCUACCAACAGUUUAAAAACACGAUCCAUGGACGCCGGUUACACAAGAGGCCGACGAACUUACAUGAACACCAGCAACAGAAUCCCUGAACGACGCACCCUUCCCACCGAACAUCAAGAAACCAAACGAAAGUUCUACCAAAAACGUUCAUCGCACAGUCCACAAGAAGAUCAUCACAUGCAGACCUCUUGCAGUCUUCCUGAAACACCCAUAUUCGCAAGAGGUUGUGAUAUUCCGAGGACUCCGCAUCGUCGUGCCCCGGAAAUACCCGGCUUAAGCGGAAACCAGACGGCCCCUCGUCAGAGCAGCACUAUGAGCAGUAUUAAUACUAUUGGCAAUAUGUCGACUGGAGGAAUUAGACGAGGAAUUUCGAACAUGGAACAAGCUUAUGUCGGAGCAGAAUUAUUGAGGAUGGCCGGUGGACCAGGAAGAGGAUGGUAUCCUAAGCAGAGACAGAGGCGACCAGCUUCCAUCGAGCAUUUGGACAGGUUGGCAAGCGGACAUAAUCCAUGGGAUUCCAGUAGAAAGCCACUCACAUUACCGCCUAAUCUAACGCCCAAAUUUUUCCAAAGAUCCCCCAGAGAUGCACUCAGAAGAGUUACGAGUCUACUAAUUAAAAAAGGAAAUAAUCCGAAGGAAGGCAAGAAGGAGAAAGAAUUGGUAUCGCCGACGAUCCACGAGAACGCAAAUACCAGUGAGGAGACCCAGAAGAAGAAGAGCUUCUUCAAGAAUUUCUGGAAGAGGUCUCGCCAUUACUCCUUGGAGCAGCAGCAGCAGCAGUAAGAGAUGCAGCUCUGAUGCAGUUUCUAUGUAGAGAAACAAACCAUUCACUAACCAACAUAGUAUUAAAAUACGCCCUAAUUAUAUAAGUCUGCACUCACGCGAUCCCCGAACGUUUACAUGAAUGUAAGAAUUUAUAUUGAAAAUAAUAACGACGAUUAUUAUAAGCUUAUUUUAACGCGAGAAUCGUUCUUUUUAAUUAUGUUGAAACAACUUUGCGUGGCGAACUCUUAGAGUAGACGAAUCCAAAAUUUUGAUUUCGAACAAACAAACAAAAACCUAACUUAUAAACAUAUUGACAUAAAAUCCUUCCAUUUUUGAUAUCAGAUUUUUUAGGGAUUAAAAAACAAGGAGAAAGAAUUAUAUAUCAGCUCUCGACUGAAGAAGAAACGGUUUUGUUUAUUUGGAGGCAACGUAAAGUGUCCACAUUUAGGAAACGCACAAAAUGAACAAAAAAAAAGAAAAUUCAAAUCCAAAACUAAAUAGUACAAAUCGAAAAUUGUUAUUUUUUGAUUUACAUUGAUUGAUCAAUUCGUAAGUUGCCUCAACGAAGUGUGUUGGUUUCUUCUUUUGAAAAGUGAAGUUUUGAGAGACAAACUGUACCAAAAUAUGUUGUUUAUUUUUUUCUUCUUUUUGGUAUAGCACAAAUUGUAACCGACUGCCCUCUUGGAAUUGUAUAGAUUUAAAUCUAAAUAUUAUAUGAAUCAAAUUUUUUGAUACAUUUUUAUUGAUAAUUCUAAUUAAACAAACAACCAUUAAAAAACUCGUUCAUUCAUUUUAGUGGGAAGGGGAGGACUUAGUCGAGUAGUUUAAGUGUUUAUACGGUGAAUUUAAUGAACAACAACGUUUAUAUUUGUCUGAAUCAUAGUUAUCUCCGUUUAUAUCUAAAUCUGUAAUCGUUAACGUUAUAAACAACAAGUUAUAAUCGGACGUUUCAUUUACCGAAUCGUUCGUUUUUCAAUGGAAAAUUAACUGAAAAGUGUAUGAAAUUGGUUUUUAUUCAAACAGCGUAGUUGUAUUGUGUGUGUAAUGAUGAUGAUGAUGUGUACUAGGUAUAUUCAUAUUUUCCGUAACGUUUUUACCCCUCUGUAGAAGAAGUUAUAUUUGUAAAAUACCACGCCGCUUCUUUACUGUAUCUAAAAAUAUAUAUAUAUAUAAAAAAAAAUAUAUAAUAAACAAACAAAAAAAAUAAUAUAUAUGAAGAAUAAAUAUAUACUUUUUCAAUGUUCACAAUAAAGUGCCCCAAUUUUUGUAUGAUUCAAUUUGUCGAUGAGAGAAACGUGUAGAAUUAAUUAAUUGAAUAAAGUAGUUUUUAAACUUAUUUAAUGAUAGGUGAAACCCAGGUAAGGAGGGAAAAUAUGUACGCUAAUAACAAGUAUUUAUAUAUACAAUAUAAAUAUAUUAAUUAGUUUAAUAAAUAAACACAUACA